AUGCGGGAUUGUGUAUUCAUUGUUUGGGACGAAGCAUCCAUGUCCCACAAAAGCUUGGUUGAGGCAUUGGAUAGAACCUUGCGGGACUUACGUAAUAAAAAUACAUUAAUGGGUGGCUGUACAGUCUUAUUUUCUGGAGAUUUUCGUCAAAUCUUGCCAGUUGUAGUAAGAGGAACGAGAGCUGAUGAAGUCAAUGCAUCAUUAAAGAGAUCUUACAUUUGGCCAGACAUAACUAAAUUGAAACUGAAAACUAAUAUGAGAAUAUUAUCUGACCAAGGAAAUAAAACUUUUGCUGAUGCUUUACUCCGUGUUGGUAAUGGUCAGUCACUGACUAGAAAUGGUAAAAUUGAUCUGUCUGAGCUUUGUUUUUUGAUGUCUAAUUUGAUGGACCUAAUUGAAAAUGUUUACCCAGAUUUACCUAAUAUUUCGACUAAAACGCCAAGUUGGUUUCAAGAAAGAACAAUAUUGUCACCAAUUAACGAUCAAGUCAAUAAAAUAAAUGACAUGAUACUGUUAAAUUUCAACGCACCAACAAAAGUUUACUAUUCCAUUGUCACUGUUUUAGAUGCAGAGGAGGCGAUACAUUAUCCAACUGAAUUUUUAAAUUCUUUAUCACCUUCAGGGACCCCACCACACAAAUUAAUUCUAAAAAUAGGGUCUCCUAUAAUUUUACUUCGUAACUUAAGUCCACCUAAAUUAUGCAACGGUACAAGAUUACAAAUAAAGUCUUUAAAAAACUGUCUGCUUAAGUGUAUAAUCCUUACUGGCUGCAGAGCUGGGGAAAUGGUCUUGAUUCCUAGAAUACCAAUGAUACCAACCAAUUUGCCAUUUCAGUUCAAACGGCUCCAAUUUCCCGUGAAAUUAAGCUUUGCAAUGACUAUUAAUAAGGCACAAGGUCAAACAUUAAACGUUGCAGGUUUAGACUUAACCGUCCAGUGUUUUUCCCAUGGUCAAUUGUACGUAGCUCUGUCACGUGUCACAUGCAAACAAAAUCUAUUUGUGAUAGCCCCAGAAGGUGAGACACUUAACGUGGUGUAUCCAGAAAUAUUUAAUACUUAA